UUUCGUUUAUCAAUUGUUUAGCUGUUAAUUUGUGAUCAUGGCUCAAGGUAAAAUGAAGGUUAAAACUGUUAUUCCAAAAGGAGUUAAAGUAAAAAAGGUUGUUAGUAAAAGUGAAAAGAAAAUGCAUACAACAAGAAAAGGUGCUCCAGUUAAACCGAAACUUAACUCACAUGGUAAAAAGCUUUACAAUCAAGUGGAAAAAGCAAUUAGGAAAAAUCUUGAAGAUGAAAUGAGAUCCAAAGCUGGAGAUAAAGUUACUGAUGAUAAAUAGGUUACAAUCUAAUCUUCUAAUUAACUUAACUGACCAAAGUUAUUGACUGAAUUUCAUUCGGAAAAUUAAACUAAAUCAAUUAAUUUAAAUUAAAACAAAAAAGACUCAAAAUUUAAACGGUUGUGGUAAAUUCAAAAGCGGUUGUCAUGGUAACCAUAACAUUUUCCCAACAAACGGUUGAACCAUUUUGAAUGUUCACUUGAAGGUGUUUGGUUCAUUUUUAAUUCUAUUUUUACUAAUUAGUAUUUUUUCUAAUCCAAUUUACAUUAUGUUAUUCUCUAUGUUCAAUCAACUAUUUUGUUGAUCAUCUUUAUUCCACCGGAAGAUCUGUAAUAUUCAAAUGUUUGUGACUCAGUUAACUGAUACAUAUUGUUAAUUGAUCAUUUCGAUUCUCCUAUUUUGAUCAUUCAUCUUGAGUGUUUCUAUUAUUUAAAUUUGGUUUAUUUUUGUUUAAUUUAAAAAUAACAUUAUGGACGAGGAGAGUUAUUAUCGUUUUAGUAUCCCUGCUAUGGAGCUUGAAGGUAAUAGUGAAUAUGUUGGUGUAGAUGAUGAGGAAGAAUCUCUAUCCCAAUCAAUAUCUCUUCCCUCAUUGACUGUAUCCCUUCAAGAGCAAUUGGUUAAUCCUGAGAUUGUUUCAUCUUCAACAAAGAAUCAAGUAAUGUCCAUGAAAGAGAUUGACGAGAAAUUAAAUGCCCUAAGAAGGGAAAAUUUUGACCUUAAAUUGCGAUUAUAUUGUUCAAGUCAGAAUAAAGGUUUCCCUCGUUUCGGUGAUAAAUAUUUCAACUCAUGUUCAACUCAAGUGGAUGGUGAUUGUAAAUCAAUUAAAUCACUAAUCAGAUUAUCUCAAGGAUCACAAACCAUGGUUAAAUUAACAGCUGAUGUUGCAGUUCAAACAAAUCCAAUUGAAAGUGAAGACAAAAUUAUCUCAACCGAUCCUUUAAUUGUCUCAUCAGUGUCAAUGCAAACAGAAUUACAAUCAUCAUCAGAUGCUAGUGUUUCCUGUACUGAUUUAAUGACCAAUUCUAACUCUGAUCAUCUCAAUCAGUUCAAAAGUAUUCAAUUAAGAUUGAAUGAGCAAUUAAAUCAAAAAACAAACCAUUCCCCUCGACCACAACAACAACAACAAUUACAACCCAAGCCAAUUGUAACAACAACAACAACCUUAUCAGAAUCUCAUUCCAGUCGUGAUUUAAUCAAUGGACCUUCAUCAAUACCAAGAAUCAAGAGUUCGGUUAAUUUACCAAUUGGUGGUAACUCAGAUUGUGAUUUUAGUUUAAUCAUAAACCAAUCGCCAUCAAUACUCAAAGAGUUAUCAUUUAAUUCUGAUAAAACAAUCACUCCAACCACCAAAUCCAAACAAUUAGUGAAUGAUUUUGGUAUCUCCGAGUGUGAAUAUCUCGCUGGUGAGAUUAACUCGAGAAUCUCAAUGUUAUCUAAUUUAGCGAGUUUAAGUAAAUCAAAAAAUCGUAUUAGUAUAAUUCACUCACAACGGAAUCGAUUAACUAAUUGUGAUGAAAGUGAUUCCAUCUCAAUUAAUCAUGACCCACUUGAAAAAAAUCCCAAACAAUUUGACAAUCGAUCGACUGGUAAAAUCUAUGAUAUUAUUAACCGACAAAUUAGUGGACCAAUUAGUAGUGAUAAGAAACGCGAUCCAAUGGUGAAACUUAAUUGUCACGAGAACAAUGUUGAUAUUAAUCAGAAUUUAAUCACUUACAAGCCAACAAGUAAACGAUUAACUCGAAUGUUUGAUGAUUCGGAAAAUCAUCAUUUCGCUAGUCCCGAUUUAGGAAUCGGUGAUUCUGAUCAAGAUCUUAAUAGUGAUUUAAAAGCUUACAUUCCUCUUGGAUAUUAUCAAUUACUCCGAUGUAAUUUACAUCAAUUAUCAUCUCAUCUUAAUUAUCUUGACAAUUUAUAUCGUGAUUGUUUCCUCCUUCAAUCAAUCAGUUUAUCUGAAUACUCAUCGGAAAUGAAACCAAGUUUAACUCAUUUAAAUCAGACAAUCAACUCAUCCAGAAAUAUUUGUAAAAAUUUUACAAUUGAAGAUGAAAACUCAAUUGCACUUCGAUUGGAAAAAAUUAAAGCUAAAAAGGAAUCAAUGGAAAAAGCAAUCACCCGACAAUUAAGGAAAACGGAUAAAUUGUUACGAAAAGCGAAAGCCAAUUUAAGACCAAAUUAAGAGACAAAAUGAUCAUCAAUUAAACAAUAUAUUCCAAUCUGAGAACCAAAGAAACUCAUCAUCAAUUCCAACACUCAACUACUAUUCCGAAUACCAAAUGAUGAAAAACUGAAAUACUUAAUUGUAAUUAUUAAUAAUCACCUAACAAUUUAAUUCUCAAUCAUUUUUUUUUCCAAUACAAUUAAUACAAGACUACGAUUUCCAAUCAUUUCCAAGCAUA